UAUAUAGAGAUAGAUUAUUUGUAAUUGUCUUAUUUAUUGCUUUUGAGCCUAUCUAAAGAGUCUCUGUUGUGUAGUUGAUACACACGGUUUCACCAUAUACCUUUCUAUUUUCCUCUCAUGCAACAACUUGUAUCUGUGGCACUUGCAAACUCUUAUUGGUUGAUCAUUUCAAGUCUUCGUGCUGCCAAAAGAUUGCACGAUGCGAUGCUAGAUAAAAUUCUACGUGCUCCAAUGGUGUUCUUCCAGACUAAUCCCGUUGGCCGCAUAAUUAAUAGAUUUGCAAAAGACACGGGAGACAUAGAUAUCAAUGUUUUUAAUUUGGGGAAUAUGUUUCUUGGGCAAAUCUGGCAACUACUUUCGACAUUUGUUCUUAUAGGCACUGUCAGCACCAUAUCCUUGUGGGCUAUAAUGCCACUUCUGAUAUUUUUCUAUGCUGCUUAUAUAUUCUACCAGAGCACUGCUCGAGAAGUGAAGCGCAUGGAUUCCAUUACAAGAUCCCCUGUUUAUGCACAUUUUGGAGAAUCAUUGAAUGGUUUGUCAAGUAUUCGCGCUUACAAAGCGUACGACAGGAUUUCAAACGUCAAUGGAAAAUUCAUGGAUAACAAUAUCAAAUUCACUCUUGUGAAUAUUAGUUCGACCCGUUGGCUGAAAAUACGGUUAGAAACCUUAGGAGGCCUAAUGACUUGGUUGAUAGCAACAUUUGCUGUCUUGCAAAAUGCAAGAUCAGAAAACCCUGCGAUGAUUGCAUCUACAAUGGGAUUACUUCUCAGUUAUACAUUAAACAUAACAAGUCUCUUGAGUGAUGUCCUUGGCCAAGCAAGUAAAGCUGAAAACAGUUUGAAUUCAGUCGAACGCGUUGACACAUAUAUAAAUUUAGAAACUGAGGGUCCAGGUAUAAUUGAGACAAACCGUCCACCACCCGGAUGGCCGACAUUAGGAUCAAUCGAGUUUGAGAAUGUUGUUCUUAGUUAUAGGCCUGAACUUCCUCCGGUCUUGCAUGGAUUGUCCUUUACAGUACCAUCAACUGAGAAGAUAGGUGUAGUUGGAAGAACUGGUGCUGGAAAGUCUAGCAUGCUUAAUGCGUUAUUCAGGAUUGUGGAACUACAAAGUGGAAGGAUCAUUAUUGAUGGAUGUGAUAUUUCUACGUUCGGACUAGCAGAUUUGCGAAGAGUUCUUACUAUCAUACCACAGUCGCCGGUUCUUUUCUCCGGAACCGUUCGCUUCAAUCUUGAUCCAUUUAAUGAACACAAUGAUGCUGACUUAUGGAAAGCUUUGGAAAGGGCACACUUGAAGGAUGUAUUAAGAAGAAAUUCAUUUGGUCUAGAUGCUCAGGUUUCUGAGAGAGGAGACAAUUUCAGUGUUGGACAGAGACAGCUAUUAAGUCUAGCUAGAGCAUUGCUAAGAAGAUCAAAGGUUCUUGUCUUGGAUGAAGCAACUGCUUCUGUUGAUGUUAGAACAGAUGCUCUUAUACAGAAAACUAUCAGACAAGAAUUUGAUUCCUGCACAAUGCUCAUCAUUGCUCACAGAUUGAAUACAAUUAUCGACUGCAACCGGAUUCUGUUACUAGAUGCCGGUCGGGUUCUUGAAUACAGUUCACCUGAGAAACUCCUACAAAAUGAAGAAACUGCAUUCUACAAGAUGGUACAAAGCACUGGACCUGCAAAUGCUGAGUAUUUAUGUAGCUUAGUAUUUGGAAGGAUAGAGAAAAAUUCAAAUGUGUGAAUAUGUUGUAUUUCUUAUUGAUUUUGUACGUAAUACAAUAUGGUAUAAAUAGUUUAGGGAGUACAAGUAAAUAAGGAAAGCUAAUUAAAUCCUAAUUAACUCAAUUAUUUACAAGAAAGGAAAGAUAUUAUAUAGCUA